CGCACUAUGAUAACCGGAAGCAUCAAUAAAAGCGAUUGAGAAACGGCGAAAGAAAUCAUCACCUGUCGAUUGCGUUCAUAUAUCUCUCCUGCGCUCCCAUUAAUCUCCAUAGCCCACUUCCAUAACACCCAUACCCUUUAGUUAAUUCGCUGUCGAGUCGGUCUGGACGGAUAAAGCAGAGCUGGCAGUGUAAUUCUCUGCGCAAACGAAGGGUUUUGAAGGUGCGUUAUAGCCUCGCAGUAGAACAAAUGUAAACAAGCAGCUGAUCAGCUGUGCGGCCGAAGACGCGCAACGAAACGGCGUGAUGACAGCGAGUCGCAGGGUUUGACAAACAUAUUCUGCAUCAUAUAAAGCGAAAUUAGAGUUUUUUUUGCAUGCCGUAGAGUUUUUGUUAGACGUUAGGGCAGUACACGAGGACAACUCCCAACCAACCCAUCGCCUUCACCUCCAUUGCGGGCAGCAGCAAACACAGAACAAACGGCUUAUUUAUUCUUUUAUUGAUUAUAAGGGUGAUAAAUAGAUUUAUUCGUCUUAACAUCUGAUUGAAGAUUGGAUAACGUCACGCCUAACAGGAAAAGCAACAGGAUUCGAGAAAUAACAAAGGAAAAAUAAGGUUAACAGUCUCUUCUGGGCCCCAAGGAAUAAAUAAAUAUCAGAAACGUAUUGAUAUUUACAUGAAGCUGGAACUUUAAGGCACCCAAACAUCACAUUUCCUGGGGAGCAGCACAGUAAGGCUGAAGGAUCAGGACUGUCAUGGCACACCAGCAGAUGCCGAGCUCUCAGAAGGCUCUGAUGCUGGAGCUGAAAUCCCUGCAGGAGGAGCCAGUGGAAGGUUUCCGCAUCACUCUGGUGGAGGAGUCGGACCUCUACAACUGGGAGGUGGCCAUCUUUGGCCCUCCAAACACACUUUAUGAAGGGGGCUACUUUAAGGCCCAUAUAAAAUUUCCUAUUGACUACCCCUACUCUCCUCCGACCUUCCGAUUCCUCACAAAGAUGUGGCAUCCAAACAUCUAUGAGAAUGGCGACGUGUGUAUUUCCAUCCUCCAUCCUCCUGUGGAUGACCCUCAGAGCGGAGAGCUGCCCUCAGAGCGAUGGAACCCCACACAGAAUGUCAGAACAAUCCUGCUGAGUGUGAUCUCACUGCUGAAUGAACCCAACACCUUUUCUCCUGCAAACGUGGAUGCAUCGGUCAUGUUUCGCAAGUGGAGGGACAGCAAAGGCAAGGACAAGGAAUACGCAGAGAUUAUAAGGAAGCAGGUGACGUCCACUAAGGCAGAUGCAGAGCGAGAUGGAGUUAAAGUACCAACAACGCUUGCUGAGUACUGCAUCCAGACCAAAGUGCCUUCCCACGACAGCAGCUCUGACCUGCUCUACGACGAUCUAUAUGACGACGACAUAGAGGAGGAGGAGGAUGAUGAAGAUGAGGCGGAGGCCAGUGGGAUUGGCAGUGAAAUGGCCGGGGACUGUUUUGGCGAUGAAGACGACUCUGGCAACGAGGAAUCUUGACCUCCUUCCACCGUUUCCGUGACACUGACCUUUGCCCUCUCACUAUUCUUUACCCUGACAGCCUCAUGUUUCAAAUUCUCUUUUCCUGUGCUUAAAGCUUUCAUUUUUCACUCUGUUCCAAAAAACUCAUUACUUAAGGUCUCUGUCCUUUUCAGCACCUCCCCCGUUCAUAAGUAAAGCUCACUAUGGGUUCACAAAAUUCAUUUUUAGUAAUGUUUCACAUCCCACCUUCUCCUGCCUCUUAACCUCAGGGCUUUUGGAUAAUCAGAGCUUGUCAGGCCACCUUAAACAUGCACAUUUCAAAAUGUUUUGUUAAUUGCAACCCUUUUUUGAGGGCUAGUUCCCUCAGAAAAUACAAAUCUUUUGUGGUUUACUCACCCUUAUGUCGCUAGAGAAAUUUUGUCAAGCUGUUUUGAGAUUUUUGAGCUGAUUUUUCCAAAAAGUAAUAACUAAACAAUGCCAGUUUCCGAAUUUACCUACUUCCCCUACCAUUUAGCAGGCAAAAACAGUACAGAAGAGGGAAAAAAGAGAGAAAAAAGUCAGAAUUGUGAGAUGUGAACAAAAAUGUGAACAAAAAUCUAAAUUUCGAGAUAAAAACUCACAAAUCAGAGAAAAAAGUCAGAAUUGGGAGAAACAAACUUGGAAUUCUGAGAACAAAAAUCUGAGUUGUAAGAUUUAAAUUAGUAAUUGACCCUUCGCAAAGAGCUUGAUUGACAGGCGAUCUGACCAAUCAUAACGCCGAAUCUGCCAGCUUGUCCGACAAACAAAUCAGACAGGAGAGUAGAUUAACUUACGUGGACUUAAACUUGAAAAAUUGAGUGUAUUGACGUCUUUCUGCGGUUGAGAUAAAAUACAUUCUGAUGUUCAUUCAUGUUUAUUUCAUGCUAUAACUAGUACAGAGGAAGAGAUGAUCAGUUUACGUGACGCAAUUUUGAAAGCUGAGACCUUUUUCAUACCAGAAAUAACCUGCUUUGUCUUGUUUGUUGGCAUGUUGUCAGUUUCCUCUUUUCUCUGCGAUGCAUUUUUCACGCGUGAGAACAGUUGGGUCAGAGCGGCAUGGCUUGUCAGACAUAGCAACAUUAACUAAGGAGGGUGGGUUUUCGCAAAGGGUCAAUUGCAAGAAUAAAAAAAAAUGUGAGAUAAGAAGUUGCAGUUGCCUUUUUUAUUAUUUAUUAUAAAAGAAUGACUGUGAGAUGUAACUUAGAAUUCAGAGAAAAAAAAGUCCAAAUUGCAAUAUACGAUGGCUUCAGAAGAGGAAAAGGCCAAAAUCUAAGAUCUUCCUUACAUCACUAAAGCUCUCAUUUAUGCUCCAAGCCAUUGAUUCUUGUGUGUUUCAUAACCAAAUGCAGUCUGCUAGUUAGAAUCAAGAGAGCCGCACAGAUUUGCAAUGAUAUGAGGGUGAGUAAAUAAAUAAAACUUACAUUUUUGAUCUAACUAACCCUUCAACCCACCUAUGAGCUAGUUACGCCUGGUAAAAUCACCAACAAAGGAAUGUUUUGUUCAUUUCCCAGUUAUGGUUUCUUCAGAACUGUCUUUACAGUAUAGGGCUUCACCGAUUCUACUAUAUGUACUUAAGAUCCCACUUAGAAAGGUAAGUAUUUAAGGGUGGGAAAAUGGAGAACGAACAGACUGUUUCCUUCUCAUAAAAUUUAAUUUCGUCAUUUUGACCAGCCAUCCACAUCAGCAGGGUCACCUUCACAACUACAUCCUCUUAUGCACAGCUCAUACCCCCAAAUCACCUGAGCUUUUUGAGCCAUUAAAUCACGGUGUCAGAUUAUAUGGCACAUGAAGGUGCUUUCAAGUGCUCAGCAACACUAGCAUUAAAACUACUUCCAGCACACCUUCAUUUCGUUGACCCAGAAACUAUGAUGAGACUGUUUAAGUCACUAUGAUGAUGUCCCACGUUCGGUCCCUAAUAUUCCAUCCACCAAUUUUGGCUGAAGGUAAUUAUACUGUUAUGCUUUUAAAGGUACACAUACUCUUGGUAAGUGAUCACGUAUGAGUGUCCAAGCAGCUGUACCAAACCGUUUCCGUUUCUCAUCGAUUUUGACUGAAAAUCUUGGGAGUUUUUUUUUUUAAGUACGGGGUUUGAGAUCAGUGACUGCCGAGGACAUUUCACUCAUCGGUGUGAGCCCUCUCAUCCCCAGUCUUAUGCUUUUUUGCAUUGGCAACGGUGCUGUCAUGGGCCGUAGCUUUCAAGAGCAUGCUUGUGUGUUUUAAUGUGUUUUAUAUGAUGUGUCAAUCAUCCGAUGAGGCACGCGAAUCCUUAAGGUCUCAUUAAUGGGGGUGGAAGCGCAGAUGUUUAUGCACAUGGGGUCUCAGGUACACCUUUAUUCCCACAAACCAGCCAAGGACAUGGAUUCUGAUUCCUGGUCCUACAAAACCCCUCCAGAAGGGAGUGUGGAUGUGAGGAUCGUGAGGAAACGGUGCUCUUGUACUCUCCCGAGCAUCAUGAACUCACUGAACUAUCUAGAACUAUCGUUCCCGGCUCAAUCGCUCACUUAAACUUUUGGACUACGGGCCGAAAGGGCUCAACAGGGCCGAUGAAAAUCGAUUAAAACGGACUGGAUUUUACACGUUCAGCAAGAGACUCUCGGUGUAUUGCACCCCUGUGCACAGUAAAACAACCAAGUUCAUUUCAAAAAGUGUUGUGACGUUAAUCGACAGUGGAUUUGUCUUGAAGGAUUUUAUUAUUUGUGUCAUGAGUGUGUUUUUAAUGUUUCAUUAAUGAUUUUUUGUUUUUCAUAUGCCAUUUUUUGACAGGAUUUGUGGUCCUGAGUCAGAUCAAAACAACCGAAGUCAUUAUUUGCUCUGAGUUUGAUGCAUUUCCUUUCUCUUGUAAUGUUGUUAAAGGGAAUAUCAUUCUAAAUAUUCACAUUAGGAAGAAUGGAGAACAGUAAGAAUGACUCUAAAUCGAUACUUAUUCCUAUUCUAAGCAUAAGUAUUUGAGUUCGGGGGGGGUGGGGGUGUCCAAUAUGAUCAUUUUAAGACUGUGCUUGUAUGAUCACAAUACAAUUCAUUUUUGUUUGUGUGUAUGUAGAGGAGUUAAUGCAAUUAAACCAUUAGACAAGA